AUUGUUGACAAACAAAAAAAUCUUCACUCGACUCAAAAUUAAUUUAUUUUUUAAUUUAAAUCCUUAAAAUGACUCGAAAAUGCGAAAUUUGUGAUAAAUCUGACUCAAAAUAUAAAUGCCCAAAAUGUGAAAUUCCAUAUUGUUCCUUGGAGUGUUUCAAACAACACAAAGACAGCAUCGAAUGUUCAGAACUCAUCAAAAAACGAGAAUCCGACAGAAAAAAAUCUUCCUUUCAACCAAAACCUCUACUUUUUACCACAAUGGACACUGUUCCCCUCGAAGAAUUGCAAAAAUUACAAAAUUCCGAACAUUUAAAAAAUUUACUCUACAAUCCGCAUUUGAGGAAACUUCUCACGGAGCUCGAUCGCAGCUCAAAUCCCGAACGUGCCAUCGGUUCAGCGAUGAUGGAGCCACUUUUUCUCGAAUUCGCUGAUGAAUGUCUCAAAAUUAUCGAGCCUUCAGACAUCGCAGAUGAUGAAAAUUCAAUUUCUUCUGAUUUUUUGACGAAUUAA